AUGAACGGGGACCCAAUCACAGGAGUUGAAGCAUGGAACGAUUUGUCGUCACCAGAACCGGAAUUGAGCUUGAUUGAGUCAGAUACGCAGGUGAGAUCGCGAUCGGCCAAUGACCUCAACAUGGAAAGCAGUAUAACGUCGGAGUUCCCCGUGCUACUGACGCACGAGCAGAAUGGCGGUCCCCAGCUUUCCAAACUGUCGCAACUGAGCAGCAAGACGUGGGCCAAGUGGCAAGAAUGCAUCCUCAAGACUUUGGUCUUUAUCGGAUACGCCAUCACCACCAUACUAUUUUACAUCAUCAUCUAUCUACACUACUUCGUGGUCAAGCUUAGUUAUGACGAGGAAACGGCUAUGAACUUGCUAGAUGGCGUGUUUAGAGCGCAAGAAAAGGCAAUUGACAAUUUCCACAAGAAAAGGAGCACUGGGCCUCAUGCUGCUGUUGUUGGUGAUGACAACCACCCACCACAUUACCGUUAG